AUGCCUUUCAACGGUCCAUCAAGCGUUCAUACAUCCAUGUCAUCAGAUAAUAACAAGGCGAAUGAGAAUGGAGAGAAGAAAGAAGGGCCAUCAGUGACAUUCCUGCCUUAUGGACCAAAUGCAGAUUUUUAUAACAUUAUCGAUCAAACGAAAAUCUGUGUUGUUGCCCUCACGGGAAGUGCAUCCAUGGGGAAGAUUGGAUUUCCUAUUGGUGAAAUUGAUAUAGCUGAAUCUGAUGACACAUAUUUCUUUCGUGUUGCACUGCCAAGUGUUUCCCCAGAUGAAAAGGACUUCAGCUGCAAUAUUGAACCAGAGGGCACAGUUAUGAUAAAGGGAAUAACAACAAUGGGGAAGGAGACGGUCUGCAGGCACAGUCAGGUGUUCAAGAUGCUAGCAUAA